AUGCUCCAGCCCUCUUUCUCUCUGACCACUACAAGGACCGUCAGCGUCGCCUCCGGCUCCUCUGCUCCGCGCUCGUAUAACCCAGGUCGGGCGACGAAAACCACCAAGGCUUCAGCAAGCACCGCAGCUCGCAGGGCCCCUGCUUCCGCUGACGACGUCCCCUCUGCUAAAGACGUCGCCGAGGCUGCGUCAGGGUCGAGCAUCCCGGCCGAGAGCGUGCCUUCGUCUGCUGCUCUGGGCGUGGAGUCCCUCCUUAACGAGGAUGCAGGCACGGACUGGUCAAAGAGCUACUACGGGCUCUCAACGCAGCCGUUCUCGAAGGAGAUUCAGGAGAUCUUGCUCGCGCCCGUCGACCCUUACGACAUCGAAGUUAAACCUGACGGCUUGAUUUAUCUUCCUGAAAUCAAAUACCGCCGUGUUUUGAACAAGGCUUUUGGACCCGGAGGAUGGGGUCUGGCUCCCCGAAGCGAGACGAACGUCGGGCCAAAAGUAGUCAGCAGGGAAUACGCGUUGGUUUGCCAGGGAAGGCUCGUGGCCAUUGCUCGCGGCGAGCAAGAAUACUUUGAUCCUUCCGGCAUCGCCACCGCCACGGAAGCUUGCAAGAGUAAUGCACUCAUGAGAUGCUGCAAGGACCUUGGCGUUGCAAGUGAACUUUGGGACCCUCGUUUCAUCCGUGAGUUCAAGGCGCAACAUGCCGCAGAGGUCUUCGCGGAGCAUGUCAACUCGAAACAGAAGAAGAAGCUCUGGCGUCGCAAGGACCAGCCUAAGCUGACGUAUCCCUGGAGGGAGUAA